UAAUCGUCUUCCGUCAUCUUGUUCCUUCCUGAUAAUUGAAACCGCGAAUCCAUUGGUUGACCAGAUGACAGCAAAGCCAAAACAGGUGAUGCUGCUAUGGGCCGAGGGUUUCCGAGAAGCUUGUUCUCUUCACCGUGUUGUAAUUCUCUGUCACAGGUCGAGAAAGCUCCUUUUAAGGUCGGGGCAGUGUUUUCUUUUAAAUGGUUUGAUUUUCUUAGGAAGUUUAGGUGUCUUUAAGUGGUUUAUUGAUCCAGCCCUUCAGUGGAUAUUACCUGAUCCGUGCUCUCCUGUUGCGUCUCAAGAAUUUUGUUCGUAUGGUGAUUCCUAUGCCUUUCUACGCGUUGGAAUUUUGCAGCUCUUUUAUGUGUUUUGGUUCUAUCCUCUGUACAUGCUCAGCUUCAUCUUGAGUAACAUCUGGUAUAACGAUAUUGCAAAAUAUGGAUUCGAGGCAAUCGAGAAAUUUGAAUUAAGCUCAGCAGAAGCAGUUAGAAAAGGUGAAGUUCCUGCGUCAGUGAACAUGGCAAAUGCUGAAAGGCCUUCUGGGCUUGGAGGGGUGAUGAUUGGCAUAGGAGAGCAGGUGUAUUCGAUACUACUCCUGACAUUUUUCUUUCUGGAGGUUUAUGUUGUUGGCGUUUUACCGUACAUUGGGAAAAUACUAAAUUUCUUACUUCUUUCAUGGAUGUAUGCCUACUAUUGUUACGAAUAUAAGUGGAACUUCUCGGGGAUUCCUUUGGAGAGAAGGCUGGAGUUCUUUGAAUCUAACUGGGCAUUCUUUGCUGGUUUUGGAAGCCCAUGUGUGUUGGCCAUUUUCUUUCUCUCUCCUCUUGUGAGCGGAGCGCUUAUGGCCAUCCUGUUUCCAUUGUUUGUUUUAACUGCUACAGGAUCAGGACCUGAAACAAUUAUUGUGGCCCAAAGAAGAACGUGGAAAUGUGCAGGUUUAGGGAGGCUUCCAAUAUUCUAUGUAGCUGACACUCUCUCGAUGCUGGUGUUGUCCAUCUUUCGGUUGGAGUCCCUGCAACAUGAGAAGACAGGCUGAAGCAGAAACAUUAUCUCUACAUCUCUCAACCUUUGAGGUUAGUCAGAAGACAGUUACACAGAUAUGGUUAGAUAUUCUUUGUGAUUGUGUCAAAUCCGUCUUCUUCGUGAUUUGAAGUACAGACUCGUAUACUUUAGCAAUUUCCGUGCAGCUUUGAGGUAUGCUCAUCCGACACCAAUGCUCAUGAUCGAUAUUCCGCUGCAAACUGCAGAAUUUUCUGAAGAAAGCAAGUUCCAUGUUAGAAGUAGUAUCUGAUUGUAAAUUAAUUGAAUCCAGAAAUUUAAAUAAGUCUCAAGUAUUUCAUUCAUUUACUUGUUCAUAUCUGCGACUAAGUGUUCUCCUUUAUGGCAAACGCACCGGUUAAAGGGGUAGUGUUGUGUUUAUAAAUAUUUUGUUUCUGCAAUUACUAGGGAUUUUCUCA